UCAGCUUGCAGCGCCGUAGUUGCGAUUCUCCAAACCCGGCUGCGCACGUUCGAGGGAGUACGCGCGCGGUUCCCGCCGGCACCAACGCAAAAAAGCCGCGCCGCGCUAACGAUGUUGUGAAUGAGGGGGGAUCGAGUGACGUCAGCGGCCGAAUGUCAACAAUGUAGCGACUGAGAGUAGGCGUUCUAGUCGAGUGUAACAAACAGCGGAGACGGAGCAGCACGCCGCGCUGGAUCACCACGCACACUUACACACACGCGCGCGCACACGUACACAACACAGACCGUAGAACCGUAGACGUUGUGUGUAUGUGUGUGUGAGUGUGUGUGUGUAUUUUUUUUUUUUUUUUUUUUUUUUUGAAGUAGGCGAAGUGAGAAACAGCCGAGUUGCACCGACAGGGAGAAGAAGUGACCUAUCUGCAGCCGGGAGGCUUUGAGGAAACGACAAAGCGAGCCAUCAUGUGAAAGAACUUAACGUGGGAAAAACGGACAAAAGGGGCUGGAAUACGAGCGGAAUAUUAAGUAAAAGGGCGUGAGCGGAAUGUCCGUGGAUGAGAAGCCUGAAGCCCCCAUGUAUGUGUAUGAGUCGACGGUUCAUUGUACCAAUAUCCUCCUCUGCCUCAACGACCAGCGGAAGCAGGAUAUCCUGUGCGAUGUGACUGUCCUGGUGGAGGGCAAGGAGUUCCGCGGGCACCGGGCCGUGCUGGCCGCCUGCAGCGAGUACUUCCUCCAGGCGCUGGUGGGCCAGGCGGAGAAUGGCUUGGUCGUUAGCCUCCCUGAAGAGGUCACUGCCAGGGGAUUUGCCCCAUUGUUGCAGUUUGCCUACACUGCUAAGCUGUUACUCAGCAGAGAAAACAUCCAGGAGGUCAUCCGCUGUGCUGAAUUCCUGCGCAUGCACAACCUCGAGGACUCAUGCUUUCGUUUCCUGGAAGCUCAGCUGCGCAGCGAGGACGACAGCCUGCUACCCUACCACAAGGUGGCCGCGGAGGCAAACAACUCAGAGGAUGAGAGCAUGCAGUCAGAGGCGGAAAGGCCCACCUCCCCCAGGGCGCGGCGGUGUGCCGACGCCCUCGCCUCCUUCCGACGCCCUGACAAUGAUCGGCUAGCGAUGGCUAUACCCAGUAACUUCACGGACGGCCGCCUGGACUUCGAUCGGCAUGGAGGGUCAGACCUGCCACGAUGCCCCAAGUACAGGAAAUACCAGUGGGCUUGCAACAAGCACAAUAUUGACACCUCCUCACACACCAGUACCUCAGGUUUUCCAAGCACAUUAAAAGAGAGCAGCGUUAGCGGGGAAGUGCCGGAUCAGGUCAGGCUGCCUUUGGCACAGAUCAAAGUUGAACCACAGGCAGAGGAAGAGGCCAUCUCAUUGUGCCUGUCAGGAGAUGAGCAGGAUGUCAGGGAUAAGGACAGUGUGACAGCCAUGGAGAUGGAUAGCCCAAUAUCUAUGGAAAGAACCAAGAGAACCAAGUCUCCUUCCUGCCUCCGAGCCCUCUUCAAGAAAGGGAUGGACCUCCCCAGCCUGCCCAACACAUCACAGCAGCUAUUCGCCAACAGACUUGUUUGCCCCCAGGACAAAGGAAACUCUCAGGGAGAUCAUAAAAAAGACUUCAGGCCUUUCACUGGGGAGCUGGAUCUGUCUGUUACAUCCCCAAAGGACAUGGACGGUUUCCCUGCAGGGUUGUCCCUCAAGUCCGCUUCCUGUGAUGGGGUCUGCAAACAGGAAGUUGAGCUAGACCGCCGUAGUGUCAUAUUUUCCUCAGCGGCCUGCAACCAUCUGGGAACCCCAGCGCAUUCCUACCCUGGUGGGAACUCUUUGGAGAUGGAGCUCUCUGAGCACAUGCCAAAGGGCCUGUGGGCUGGAGCCAGCCAGUCCCUCCCCACCUCCCAGACCUACUCUCCCAGCACCACCUCCACUGAACCUCCACUCUUAUGCCGCCCAAGGCCCAACACCAGCUGCCCAGUGCCAAUCAAAGUGUGCCCACGCUCGCCGCCUUGUGAGACGCGUACCAGGACUUCCAGCUCCUGCUCCUCAUACUCCUACGCGGAGGACGGCAGUGGAGGCUCUCCCUGUAGCCUGCCCCAAUUUGAAUUCUCCUCCUCGCCGUGCUCCAACGUGGCGCGCUGCCUCAAUGUGGACCAGCAGGAGCAGAGUGUGGGAGGGGAUGCUCUUUUUAACCAAGUGCGGCCCAAGAUCAAAUGUGAGCAGUCCUACGGCACCAACUCCAGCGACGAGUCAGGGUCCUUCUCAGAGGGAGACAGCGAGUCCUGCCACGUACAGGAGCGGGGGCCAGAGGUGAAGCUCCCUUUCCCCGUAGAUCAAAUCACAAAUCUUCCACGGAACGACUUCCAAAUGUUGGUGAAAAUGCACAAACUGACCUCGGAGCAGCUCGAGUUCAUCCACGACGUGAGGCGGCGGAGCAAGAACCGCAUCGCGGCACAGCGCUGCCGCAAGAGGAAGCUCGACUGCAUCCUGAACCUGGAGUGUGAGAUCAGAAAACUGGUGUGUGAGAAGGAGAAGUUGCUGACGGAGAGGAACCAGCUGAAGGCGUGUAUGGGCGAGCUGUGGGAGAACUUCUCCUGCCUGUCCCAGGAAGUGUGCAGGGACGUCCAGCUGAGCCCCGAGCAGGUCCAGUCAUUACACCACUACUGCCCCGUGCUGCGGCCCUCCAACUCCACCGCCAGCAACAACGCUGCCCACGAGCCCAAGCGUCCCCGCAGCCCCUCCGCCGCCCUCACCAACGCCACCACCAGCAUCGACCUCACCGCCCACUCGGGCUCGGCCACGCCGGAACCCAGCUUCCACGGGUCGCCCGGCCCCUCAGAGAGCGAGCCCGACUUGGCCGUCAGAAACGGGGCGGAUAAAGAUAUGGACGGCCAAGACGCCGGCUUGUACACAAAGUCAGGGCUGCCCACUGAAAAAUCCAACCAGACGGUAACAGUUGAUUUUUGUCAGGAAAUGACUGACAAAUGCACAACUGACGAGCAGCCAAGGAAGGACUGUACAAUGUAGUGGUGGUUCUGUGUUGUUGUUUUUCUUUUUUGUUUUGUUUUUUUUUUAUUAUUUAAUUUUAUUCUUCUGACAAACCCUCUCUCGGGGUUGUUGAGAUGUCGGCCUCUCCCAGUGUUCACUGAAAAACAAGCUUUGUAUGUAUUUAUGUCUUUUCGUGCUGUCUUUUUGGUUUUUUUAUUUUUCUUUUUGAACGGUUGACACUAAAGUUGUCUUAACAGCAGCAAUACUGUUCUCCAGGUAUUUUUCCUCUUAACCAUGACAGAGUGGGAACUUCUCACCAAACCUUUACAGUGGUGCUACACUUCGGCCGGGCAGCAACCUCUACAGUGAAGACUCCGUUCUUCAUGUGUCGCUCAUCACAACUCAUAGUUCAACCUCAUCGGACCUAAACAGCAGCUCUCUUUGUCUCUCCGUGUACCGACAGUAUCUCUGCUUCUUCUGCCUUUCUCUCUCCUCUCUUUUAUUUUUCCCACUCUGUCUUUAUCAAUCUUCUCUACCUCUCUCUGUCUCUCUCUCUCUCUCUCUCUGUCUCUCUCUCUCUCUCUCUCUCUCUCUGUGGUUCUCUUCUCACUAUAUCUUAGUGGCCCUUUUCGUCACAGCAAUUCAAACUCAGGAAUAAGAAAAAGAAAAAAAAAUCCUCUGAAUGUUCAAACUAAUUCAUGAAAAAUGAGAAUACAGUAGUUUCUGUACACGAGGAAGUUACGAUGCAGUUAGACUGUAAAAUGUUCAUAUGCAAAAAUGUCUUCAAGCGUCUCACAUUUGUAUUUCUGUACAGGAGAACUUUGUACAGGCUGCAACCGAAAACAUUCCUCCUUUGCCUUCCUCAGCACUGAAUUGAAAGGAAAAAAAAAAAGAUAAAGAAAAAGGGUUUUUGCAGGUGGUUAAAUGACUAUUUUUAUUUCCCACUCAUCAGCAAUACCAUUGUAUUUGGAUGUUGUAACAGUGACUGACUUUCAAGUGCUUGUUUGGCAGAAAUGUAUAUAGUAUGGAGCAUGAUGACUGUAACAGUGAUUUUUUUUUUUUUUGUACAGGUAGAGGCUUAGAUGUUUCUUUUUAUUUUAUUUUUUUCACCGGGGUUAUAUCAAGCACCUUUUUGCUAAGGGAAAAAUCUUUGCUUUGCUGUUUCCUGUCCUGCCUAAUGAAUAUUCCCCAUCAUGGUGGGUGUUCUUAUACUCAGGAAAUCAGCUCGACACACAUGUAGACACUCAACACGCAACACAGCACAUACAGACACAUGCGUCGACACACACUUGUAAAAUUCUUUCGCCCCAUGCAUGUAUAAAUUUAGACAUUCAAGAUGUAUUUGUAAUGCGCAGCUCAGGCCAGCUCCUUCCUUCCUCCCUCUCUCUCUCUCUCUCUCCCUCUCUCUCUCUCUCUCUCUCCUCUCUAAAUGUGAAAAAAAAGAGUUUUGCCUUGUGUUUUUUGGAGUAAAUCUUAUUUCUUAUCAGUAUUUAAAAAUGCUAUUUGUGUAUACACUCUCGCAGACAUGCUUUGGGUUUCUUCAGUGUUUUGCCGUUUGAUGCCGUUUGACAGUGAAAAGUGCAGCAAACAUCUACGUGACAGAUACUUUCUUUUUUUUUCAAAUGGAUCCUGAAUAAGAGAAAACACCUUUUUGACAAAAAGAUUUUUUUUAAAAAUCAACAAAUUUGACAAAUUAUUCAGGCACUUUGUUUCCGGCCACAGAGCCAUUUAGCACUUCAACGAGGGUCUUUGUCUUAGUUUCAGACCCUUUAAACAUCUGAGACUGGAGCACUUAUGUUGGCACUUCAAGGGGAAACAUCUUGUUGAUAUGAUUAUAUGAAUAAAUAUCUCUCUAUGAAGAAGACGUAUCUGAAACCUAAAUACAAAAGGAAUCUAAUGUUUUAGUAUAAGAGUGUUCACACCUUAUAUUUGUAUUUCUUUAGGACUUGAAUAAGCUAAUUCAGAAUUCAUUUGACGUGAAAGCAGUGUACGUGUCGUCAGAGUGAUUGAGCAACAAUCAUAUUAGAUAGUAACAUGUUUGCCCUAAUUGUGCAUUUGUUUGAACACCUACUUUGUGAUGUGCAUGCAUGCUGCCUAUAGCUAUAAGCCUAGUUAGUUUGUCCAGCUUCCGUUUGCCUCGCGAGUUCUCUCUGGAGCAGUCUGCUUUUAAAAGGAUUUUUUUUCAAUAUAUAUAUAUUUCUAUGUAUAAACAAGCUGAAUUAUCUCAACUGUCACUGGAGGCAGGGCCAUGCUCUAGUACAAAAGUGGGAUUCAAUUGGAAUGUGAAGCUUUUUUUUUUUUUUUGUCGCUCUUUAAAGCCCCAAUCCAAAAUGGCGCCCCUGUUAGCUUGAUAGCAAGCUUAAGCUAAUGUCACCUCUGGGCUAGCCGCUGUUCUGCUAGCUUCUGUGAUCUCUUAUUGGCAUGUCUCUCUGAAAAAAAAAGAGAUGUGUUCCUGAAGUUUACUGUCCAUACUGCCAUACAUAAGAAAAGUAUCUGCUACAGUAUUUGGUAUUAAAAAUUCAAAAAACCUCUAAAGCUACGAAGCUAACUUGAUGACAUCAGAAAACAUUUGUAAUGUUACUGUAUUACUAAAAAAUGCAGAUUAGCAAAAAAAAUUUGCUAAACAAUUUGUUGUUAAAAUCACAAAAGGCUCUAAUUCUAAUAAUAAUUGAUCUAAAGAAUAUGGAUAAAAAAACACCAGGAAAAAUGUGGGUGCUACUAAGCUAGCAAUUAGCCACACCCCCUGACACCCACCUAUUUCCUCACUCAAUUUUGUGAUUUUAUUCGGGUGCAUUAGGUGGGAUGCUGAGAGUGUUUCGGAUUGGGGCUUUAAAGUUUGGAUAAAAACAUUUUGAAGUUCUACCCCCUGACUUUUACUGAUGUAAAUUUUAGAGUUUAAAACAGUAGUUUAGCGUAUAAUCUCACGUGAGACUGUUUUUCUGAUACAGCCGAACAGAGUAACUCUUAAGUGUAUUUUACAAACCUGUCUUUAAAAAUGUUGAGACUGGUCUCUAUAUUGUAGAGUACAUAGACCCGCACAUGCACAAAACACAUGCAUACAGACACAUACAGUAUAUUCAUACAAAUACACGCACAGAACUUACAUUGUGGCACAGCCUGAGCGCGGAGCAGUAGUAAUUCUUCGUCGACCGGUGUAGUUUCUCCUGUUUGUUCAGCCCUUUUUUACCGUUUGAGCUCUUUUUCAUUCUUGUGCGCAUAUUUACUGAAGCAGAACAGUAUUUACCCACGUGGAGAUUCUACCAGGUUAAAGCCAGAAAAUUAAAGUGGAACACUUUCGAUACAGACGCUUCUUCUCCGCAAACAAUAUGCAACGUUUUCUAUUUGUGUGCUUGACCUUAAAUCGAGGAACCCUGGUGUUUCAUUGGAGAGCACAGACUCUUUGGUUUUAUGUUUUUUUUUUUUCUGUUUGGAGAAAAAUGAAUUCAUGAAGUUUGUGUUGUAGCGUAACUAUUGUAACAAAGGACCCUGGGCAUCUCUUCAGAUGUGUAAUAACACCACAGUGACAUUCUUGUUUAUGCAUAGUAGAAUUUCUGUCACCCGAAGAUACAUAAUGUAUAUUGCUAAUUCAACAUAACAUGCCCUUAGAUUAUCAUAGAGGAUGAAGCGAACGGACAUCCCUGAAUUAUACUCUCAAGUCAGGAGACCUCUGAGCUCUUUGAGUCUUGCUGCAUGCUCCAGUACCGACUGUUUCAGUCAAACUAUGAUUCUCCAUCCAUCCUCAGCCUCAAUGGUGAGAUGGUGUUAACAUCAGCAAUGUCAACAUCUUAAUUAUUCCUUUAAAAAUGUCUGGUUUACACCCUGUAGACUAUUAUUUCCACUGCUGUUUAAAGGGUCAGUUCAUUGAAAUGUCACACUUACCUCUGGUGGCAUCUAGCUUUGCAGAUGUCCAGGUUUUGGGAGACAUGUCUCUUGAGAUUUCUGCAUCCACUCUAAUACAAUGGACAAUGGAGGAAUUUUGUUCAUGGUGCUCACAUCACUGAAAAAACAAAAAGAAAUCAAAAGCAGCAUCUCAUUUCAUAAACAGUGCCCUAAGCCUUUGGUAGUUCCAAUGAAAACUCCAUUGAAUUGUGGUAUCGGCAGAAUUUUCAAACACUGUAAAUUACACCAAAGCUACUUAGUAAUGAAACAUGCUUUUUGUCAUUUGGGUGAACUGACCCUUGAGUGGCUCAGAUAUUUAAAUCUGCUCAGAAGAUGAUGUUUAAAAAUGAUUUGUUAAUAUUGUUUAAAGCUGAAUUAAUUGAUUAACUAAUAUUGGCCACUUGGGGGCAGCAGAACCAGCUGCAUUUGCUUAUUAUCACCAUAUAUGGUUGGUAUGGCUAAUGUGUCAGCAUGAAUUGUUGUCUAAUAUUCUCCCUCGUUUUAGCUGUUUCAGUCUCCACCAACUCCUGAGAAAACAUAUGUGGCUCUCCAGCUCCAGUAUGUUCACCAGCUAGUAGCUAACUUUGCAUGUCUGCCAUUUGGUGGUGGGAAGGUCGCACACAAUGAGUGUAUCAGACCUUUUUUUUUUUUUUUAGCUUAAAAGCAGCAAACUGCUGCUACUGGAAAUGAGAUUAAAACUGAGUUUUCUGGUUGUAAAGCUAAAAGAGGCUGAAAAACUUUGCAGGGCUGAAGGGAAGUGCAGGGUCUGUGUAAUUAUUUACUGGUUCGUCACUACGUUCGACCCCUCACAUUGCACACAGUCAUCUGAUUCAUUUUUCGUAUGCAAAUAUUGAUUUUAAAAUGAUAAAAUAAGUAAUUACAAGCAUAAAAAAACACCUAAAAUGACAUAAUGAAUUUGAUUCUUAUAUAUGAGGAGUCUUUCAGGCUAUUUUGUGCAGGCCAGGCACUUUUUAUUUCAUAGCCAUUACAACAGGUUGAUUUAAGUGAACAAUUUUGCUGUUGCUGUAACUCUGUAAUUGGAUGCUCUUACCUUUUUUUGCUGUGUAUUUGUCUUCUUUUUUUUUUAAGUUUAACUUUUUUUUGCUGCUGCUUCUCUGAAACAAACACUGGCUUUUCAACUCCAAAGGUUGUUCUAUAAAAGAAUAUGAACAAAAUCAUGCCUUUCUCACAGACUGCUCAACUUUAUUGAGAAAAAAAAAAAAAAAAAAAUCUGGUAUCCUGGUUGAAUGCGCAGGUCGAGAUCAUUGAAGAUAAAAUAUGAAAAAUGGAAUAUGUUUACAAAUAGGUGUCAUGUCAUGUAUGAUUGAUUUUUGCCAUGUAAAAAUCACUUGGUUCAAUUCGACUGGUUCUUGGUGUUGUGUAAAGAGACAAAGAAUGAGUUUCCUCACCUUGUCUUUAAUCCAACUUUCGGGAUGGGUUAGCAUUAUAUGAAUACAAGUGCACCUCCGAUAUUUGCCUUAGAACGUGCAGAGGCCAUAGUUCACAUUCAAGUGAAGUGAGUGUAUACAGGGGCCUGGGCCCCCAUCCCCAAGUCACCAGUGCGGACUUUCUCACACUUAUCUACCUGUGAAAUCCUUCAUACCUCUCAUAACUGGUCAAUGACUGUAUCAGCAAACUGCAUCAGGUGUUUUUUCUACAUGCUUUUUACACAGAUUAUAUGGAUUAUUGUAUUAGUCGAUUUUGGUGCAUCAUUUUUAAUGUAAUAGCUCUUAAGCUUGUAGUUCAAGUUGUUGUUUUUUUCUUUCAUUUUUCUAGAUGACUGUUUUGUGUUAAUAUUGUCAAUUUGAAAUAGCUGUUAUUUGCUUAUUCUCUACUAAGAGUUCUUACCUUUAUAAUUUUUAAAUGCUACAUGACCCUAAUUAAUUAAAAUGACUUCAAUAACCAUUGUAAAUACAGUAUUGUGCAAACCCAAUUUUCAUUAAUUUCAAUUGCUAGUGUUAUCUAAACAACUUUUUUGUCUAGACACCAUUUCUCUUUAUGAAAUAAAGAAACAUGCAUAUCA